UUAAAGCUUCGGAAAACGGACGAAAAACGUAACUAUCUCUAUUCGAAAAGUUUCCGAAAACACAUCAAGAAGACGACUGUGCCUGAUCGGACUACAUACAUGCUCAUCAUCAUGCUGGUUGUGUUUCUCGUCACCGAGUUACCGCAAGGAUUUCUUGCACUGCUCAAUGGCGUCUACACCACUGAUGUGAACAACUACAUCUAUCAGCAUGUUGGGGAGCUUUUCGAUUUGUUAUCGCUAGUGAACUGCAGUGUCGACUUCGUGCUGUACUGUUUCAUGAGCUCACGAUACCGACAAACGUUUGGUCAUAUUCUGAUCCGGGUGGAAAGCUGGUUACGAAACCAGAGCAGUGGCUGGAAAUACUCAAAAGAUAUCCCCAAAACUCCACCACCUACAGUUGUAUAG